CCGUGUGCCGUCGUGGCCGCUGCAGCGUGGCAGCAGCGCGCUCGAGCCCCGCUUCUGCCAUGCCCGCCGCCGACGCGUAAACACCGACGCUGAAAUACGAGGGUGGCUCGUCGUCGUCGCUGGGAGAACGAAAUACCGAGGUGGACGAAGCGCCCCUGAGGGAAUCGCCAUCAAUCGUGCAUCAAAUCUCUCCCGGAUAAUCCGCGAUACGGCGUGGCGGAUUACGUCGAUCGCGAUUAUUGAUUCUCGCUUGGUGCGUGCUUUAUUUUUUUCGCCUGUUCCCGUGCCGGACAAGAGUCCGGAUAGGAUCGCGACGCAGGGAAGAGAAGAGGAAGCGGGGUGAGCCGCACGCGUCGCCGAGCAUCCCUCCGAGGAUCGCAUCCCAUCGAGUCACUCCCUAAAGAGAGAGAGAGAGAGAGAGAGAGAGAGAGCGAGCACAUUGCUGCAAGAAGGAAGCGUCGCGACGACGACGAGCACCGCCACCGACGCCGUCGUCGCCAGCGUGCGGCGCGUCGUUACUCGCGCCGGGGGUGCCGCGGCGCAGCGCCCGUGCCCCAUCAGCGUCCCUUACGGCUGUCGAUCGUCGAAUAUGACGCGGCCCCGUCGCUCGAGGACCACGCCGUGCCGCUCUUGACUAGGAAUCGCGGAGGACUCGCCGUGCUGAGAGCUCUGCCGACGACGAGGGGACGCGACGAGUGCCUGACGACGUCAUGUCCUCGAUAUCAGCGCAGGGCGUCGUCGAGCGUGCCAGCGCCGAACUGACCAAGCGGAUCAACGGCCUGGGCCUGCGGACGUCGAAGCAUCAUGGUAGCGGGAAGGCCAGCGUCAUGGAACGCGUGACGAACGUCUUCUGCGGCGGCAGCGGCGGUGUCGCCUACAUGAAUUUGCAGAGUGCGAAUAAUGCGAAUGCAAUGCCGGAGAAGCCCAGCCGGAGCGCCGCGCAGAGCAUGAACAAUGUGCCGGCGGGCAACAAUAAGGAACAACGCUUGAACAACGUCACUCCGAGCAGAGGCAGGGUACCGAGGAACAGGAUGAAGAUGGCCGUGCCCCUGGCCAGCGGAGGAACGGGCGGAUACGUGCGGCCGACGACGUGGGAGCAGCUGAUGCUGGACGACAAUUUCCUCGGCAAAUUCUUCCUCUAUUUCAGCGCCACGGACAGGAGGGUCUUGGCUCAGGUCUGCACGAGAUGGAGGGACAUUUUGUAUGCGAGGCCGCGUCUCUGGAAGGGGUUGAUGCUGGUGGUGCCGUGCUGCGAGGCCCGUGCCAUGCAACCGAGCUCUCGCAACCGGCUGUACACUUCCUUGGUGAGGAGAGGCCUCGACUCGCUGGUCCUCAUCAAGGCGACCGACGACGACAUCGCGGAGUUAACGCGCGGCUUCCCCUUGGCACAGCGAUACGUGCGUUCGUUGUCGCUGCGUUGCUGCGCUGUAACGGACAGAGGCCUUGAGGCUCUCCUGGAUCACAUGCAGGUCUUGCACGCGCUUGAGCUGGCCGGCUGCAACGAGAUAACGGAGGCCGGCCUGUGGUCGUGCCUCACCCCCAGAAUAGUGUCGUUAACUCUGUCGGAUUGCAUCAACGUCGCCGACGAGGCGGUCGGUGCCGUGGCCCAGCUGCUGCCGAGCCUCUACGAGUUCUCCCUGCAGGCUUAUCACGUCACGGAUGCCGCUCUCGGUUACUUCAGCGCGAAGCAGAGCAGCGCACUCAACAUCUUGAAGCUCCAAUCCUGCUGGGAGCUCACGAACCACGGUGUAGUAAAUAUUGUACAUUCCUUGCCCAAUCUGACUGUGCUGUCGCUAUCUGGAUGCAGUAAAGUAACGGAUGACGGCGUUGAAUUAAUCGCGGAGAACUUGCCAAGACUUCGUUGCUUAGACCUGAGCUGGUGCUCAAGGAUUACAGACGCAGCCUUAGAAUAUAUUGCCUGUGAUUUGAAUAAUUUAGAAGAACUCACAUUAGAUAGAUGCGCGCACAUCACGGAUAUCGGCGUCGGCUACAUCUCCACGAUGGUCAGACUGACCACCCUGUUCCUGAGGUGGUGCUCGCAACUCCGGGAUUUUGGACUUCAGCAUCUGUGCGUCAUGCGAUCUCUGCACGUGCUGUCCGUCGCAGGUUGUCCAUUGCUCACAAGUAGCGGUUUGUCUAGUCUGAUACAGCUCCGGCACUUACAGGAGCUUGAGCUAACUAACUGUCCGGGAACGUCGCGAGAACUGUUCGACUAUUUACAUGAACAUCUACCGCGUUGCCUAAUCAUCGAAUAAGCGAUGCUUCACUCGGAUCGGACGCGGAGCGUACUGCAAACAGAACUUCUCUGCAUGUACCAUCAUAUUUGCGUACGUGACAAACUAGUUGGAGCUGGAUGGCGAGGAGCAGCAAUUCCGCAGGGACGCGAGAACUUUGCAGGGAGCGCGAACACGAUAGCGGAAUUGGAAGCAGCUUAAUUAAGGAUAAGAAGCAAGUGACGUCCACGUAACACAAGAGACACCGUUCUCCACGUAAUGGUCUAACGAUAAGGAGAACGCUAGCACCCUAGCAAGGGGUGCAAACUAUAAGCGCAUAGACAUUUUUAAUACACUAACGUCCCACACACGAUGCACUUCCGUUCGUAUUUUUUCAUUCUGUCACGCGGCCACGUAAUUAAUUACGAGCGUGAGUAACGCGCGAUCGCGACUUCGCGUCGUCGCUCCGUCGACUAGAAGCGGAAGGAAACCGAAGAGGAAGCGGAGGGGAGCCUGAAGCAAGCAGGAAGAGGAAGGCCAUCGCGCCCGUAUUGUAAUGUAAUGUUCUUGUACAGAAGUGUGGAAGCCAGAAUACGCAGAAGCGGAUAUUGUAUCAUACGUUAGACGAGAUCGACGAGAGAAUCGCGCCGGGGAGAUCACGCGUCCUUCUUUUAAUCGCCUGCUAGUGAUGUAGAGAGUCCGGGACGCUAAACGUACGGCAAGAGAGAGACUCAGCAGUUAGAACUGUGAUAAAUUUAUAUCGUACGUGAUUCAGAUCGCAUGACGAUCGGCUCGCAUACGUCCCCGAACGAACGACCGCACGUCGAAGGACGAGCGAUACUUCGUCCCAUCGCGAUUAGCGGUAGCCGCAACGAACGCACCACGCAUGUUGCUUGAAAGAAAGAAAGUACUUAGCAGAUUUACCGAUUUUACGCGGAGGGCAACAUUCCAUUCGCCGUAUCAGCGAUCCGCGUUCUUCGUUUGACGACAGGAACGUCGUGGAUGGAAAUUCGGGACUCGCACUCGACCGUCGCAUCCCCCAAGCGUCACGAUCUACUGAUACGUCAUCGCGCAUCGUCAUCCGUACGCGUUACCUUUAUAUAUCCCCGUGCAAUAUCAGUGUCUCCUAAUUUAAUAAAUUUAUUGUUAUAAAUAAUAAUUACAUACAUUUAAGACCUUUUGCUAGCUGCAUUCUUUGUCGUACCUCCGAGAGAUUGAGUAUGCAUUCAAUGUAGCAUUUUUAGAGAUAUAUUUCACGUGCUUCUCUCGAGCGAUUGAUGAUUUUCAUUAUUUAUUACAUUGAUAUAAGUAUCUGUUUGAUACGAUAUUUAUAUUGAAUAUAUUUAUAAGUGGGAUAUAUUAAUUAGUGUAUCACGGUUUGUUGGAGAAAGUGUUUUUCCCCGUUUAUGUCGCAUCAUUAAGUAUUAUAGAUACAUAUUAAUGCAACGUGAUUAGAAAAACCGUUACGCGUCUUUCGACUAAAUGAUUUCGAUAAUUUGUCGCGUGUCGUCGGUGUGUCUUUUGUCACCGAUUUUAUUUGCGGAGUACCGAUAGAGUCUUAUACCGAAUAUCAACCAUUAAUGUGUACCAUUUACCAAAGAGCGUUUUUUUCUUUAUCUACAUACGUUUAUCGCACUGCUAUUGAGUACGUGUUAAUGUAACUUAAUUAGGCCGUUAGGUACCUCGUGUUUUAAGCGACUAAUAAUUUAUCGCAUCGGUAUAUAUCGUAUUAUGCCUCUUUUAUUCGGGGGUCGUAGUGUUACAUUGUAUACAAGUGAACUAUUAGUGUAACAUAAUUUCGCAUUGAUAUUCUUUGACAGGUAUCGCACCGAGCGAUCCACUCAAGCUACUUGAGUUGCGCAUCAGCGAGAACAACAGCGAUAGAAAAAUGCCAAAGAGUACACGUAUAUUUCUCUUCGUUUACGUUUCUCGCACACCGUUACCAUCGAAUCUUUUUAAUAGAUUUUUGAAAGACGCAUUGCGAUAUAUGUACUGUACACCUUUCAUUCACACACGCAAAGGUCCAUCUUAAUCCUAGCUUCUCACACAGGGGUGCCUGAAACCCCAAGUGAAAUAAAAUAAAAUAAUUCAUAAUUUUUUAGUGUAACUUCUUUUCACAAGCGAAUAUUUUACAAAUGACUUUCUUUUUCAAAUUUUCCUUUUCACGGGCAUAUUCCUUGAUGUGUGGCGUAUUGCGAUGGAAAAAAAUUAUUUAAAAUCAGUUGAUUUUUUAAUAUUUUUAUUUAUUUAUUUUUAUAUAUUUUAUAUAUUUUUAACUAAACGUUCGACGUGAGGUAGCCUGCACCUCAGUGUGAAGCUCGUGAAAAAAAUUGAAAAUGUGGGAAGCUAGGAUGAAAAAGCAUUUUCCUUAGGGCUAUAUAUCAUGUGAUACAAUAACGAUUAUGAUUAUAGCAACAUUCUGAGAGGAAGAGAGACAGAGAUUUAUGAAAUCUUGUUAAAUCAGGCCACGAACGAUCUUUCAAGAUAAUCUGAUAAUCGCGUGCAGAUAUAAUUUCUACGUGUUGUCACGUGUUUAGCACAUAACACACCUUUGUAUAUAUUGUACAAAUUAUAUCUGAUAAUUCUGUUAUCAAUCAAAACCGAACAUAUAAAUAUGUCCGCACGUUGCCGAUGUUGUACCGAGAAAAAGAAGCAGAGAUUCAGACCGAGUCACAGUUUGUGCAAAAAUACUGCUCACGGAUGCAAUAUUUAAUGACGACACACAGUAAUACAAUGGAAAUGUGCUGUGAAAUAAAAGUUUAUUGACCAGAA